GCAUGUCCAUCGGGAUCCCGGGAUUUCCGGGAGAAGCAGUGUGCCGACUUCGACAGCAUGCCGUUCCGUGGGAAAUACUACAACUGGAAGCCCUACACUGGAGGUGAGAUCGUAAUAAUGCGUUAAUCCAUCAAUCGUUCCCCUCCAUUCCGCUGUUUUUCUCAACCCGUUUGUAGACGUUUAUACGGCGCUUUGAUACCUUCGAUCAUACAGUAGCUUCCCAGAGCCUGUGGUCCUCUCUGGCCCUCAGUGACAGUCUAAAGGCUGCUCUCUGUGACUGUGUUGUGUACCCAUCUAAUACCAACAGUGGGCAGGACUGUUUGAUGGGCCCAGAAUUCCUGGGAUUCCCACAUUGUGUUUGACGGCCCUCUGGACAGCCAUUCCAACUCUUUAGCCCUCAAUGAAGGGCGGGAUUUGGGUCCAUUGAGGCUUGAAUUCUGGGUCAUCACUGUCUGGGCUAGAAUUGAUGGAUUGGAACCAGGCCUUACUAUUACCUUACAGAUGUAGGCUCUUAAUUUGAUCACUCUUUUGCUGCUGAGAAUUUUCCUGCACAGCAGAAAAUGCAGAUGAGCAUAAUGAUUUCUGCCCAUUAUCUACUUCCCCAGAGUCAGAUGAACUCAUGGAUACCAUUUUUAUGUCUCUGCGUGUAGUUUGAAGGAAGUUGCUAACUAGCAUUAGCACAAUGACUGGACGUCUAUGGUAACUGCUAGCAUGCUAGUAUAUACCAUAGACUUCCAGUCAUUGCGCUAACGCCUCUAACUUCCUUCAUACUGUAUGCAGCGACAUAAAAAUAGUAUCCAUGAGUUAUCUGACUCUGGGGAAGUAGAUAAAGGGCUUCAUUAUCAAAAUCCUGAAGUAUCCCUUUAAUAUAACUGUGUGUUAGUGCUGGUUUUCAGUGAAUUUAUGUAAAUCAUCCCGAAGUAUCCCUUUAACAUUAUUGCACUUUUCAUGUAGCCUAAAUUUGGCCAGCUAAUAGCCUAACCACCGAUCAAGCAACAUUAUGGACUAAACGUUCAUAUCCUGUUGCUGCAGGUUUAUUUUUCUGCGACAAUAUUGGUCAAAUUAACAUCCAACACCUGAAUGCAUUCUCUCAUUUUCACUAGAGAUUGCAGUGGAAAGUUUCACAAAAGAUCGCAGUGGAAAGUUACACACAAAGAAACCCACACGCAUGCACAAAUACACACACACACACACCCACACAUGCAACUCAUAAAGCACAGUCUAGUCCUACUCUCUCCCAGGCCGUUGCACUAAAAGUUGAACUCUGUUAUCACACAACUCUCAUUAGUCAAAGCUAUGAGCUCCUCUCUAGCUGGUACAAAUCUAUUGGACUGUCAACCUACAUGUAGAGACUGGAGGUAACCUCAGUGUGGAUGUCACUGUGUGUGUGUGUGUGUGUGCUUGUGUGCAUUUGUGUAUGUAUGCGUGUGUGGGUGUGUCAUGGUGGCUUAUGUCAUGGCAGCUCCAACUAUCUCUCCCAGUGUCAGUGCUGAAGUGACGUCAGGCCCCAGGUCCAGGAUCAGAUCUAAGCAUGACUAACAGAACACUUUAUUACUAUCAACAAACUCUAGAGGAGAGCAGAGAACAGGGCCUUGCUUCAUGUCCUGGGACUCCUGGCUCACAACUAGCACCACAAAAGGUUUUCUGUGAAUUGUUUUAUCAAUAUAGUAAACAUAAUUAUUUUCUUAUAGAUGUAUUCAUAGUCAUGUCACUCAUCAUGGCACACAUGAUGGGUAUAAUGUGAUUCAACUGUGAUAUAGAACAUUUGUUAUAAUAUGUGUGAACCUGUAAUUUUUAUGGCUGAACCUUAGUUUUCUGUCUGUGGCCUGUGAGUGUAGGAACAGGUUAUCGUUAGGCACUUUGUGAGAAAUGUCUCCAAGUUUGUGGUCGAUGUGGCUCUGUCGGUAGAGCAUGCCACUUACAACGCCAAGGGUCAUGCCACCCAUGCGUAAAAUGUAUGCACGCAUACCAUUAGUCACUUUGGAUAAAAGCGUCUGCUAAAUGGCAGACAUUAUUAAUAUAUAUUACGUUUUGUCUGAUAUCUCCCUACUGUAUGUAUAACUAUGUGUACAUGAGUUGUCCCCUGCCCUGUGGAUGUUUGUCCACUACGUUUGACCUUGUGAACUCUUUCCUGUGUGCUCCAGGUGGUGUGAAGCCGUGUGCUCUGAACUGUCUGGCAGAGGGAUAUAACUUCUACACCGAGCGCUCCCCGGCCGUCAUCGAUGGAACACGCUGCCAGGCCGACUCACUGGACAUCUGCAUCAAUGGAGAGUGCAAG